UAAUGAUGAACUCGGUCAAGGAGCCAGUGCAGCCAUGGUGGCCAAGUAAUUAGAUAAGCGAGCGUGCAGGAUAAACAGGAGCGAACCGAUAAAUCGCAAUGGUCUACGGGAGGAGCAUCGCCGUAGGCGUCUGUCUGAUGACCGUCGUCCUUCUGCUGGCCGCCGUGAUAUUCUACUUGAGUCUGGGACCCUGCCCCGCGGCCAGCUUCGCCUGCGACAACGGCACGCUGUGCGUUCCAAGGCGCCAGAUGUGCGACAGUCGGCUGGACUGCGCCGACAGCAGCGACGAGAAUCCGGUGGAGUGCGGACUCCUCUAUGGCAGCAAGGAGAUUGCCGACAAGAUUGUGCGUAAUGCGAUUGAAAAGAAGCAACAGCGCCUAAUCUCCAGCGCUGCGAAUGCGAGUGGUGCGGACUUGUCCACGCCGAUGGUGCCACGGAAUCAGAGCCUAACUCUAAACAUGACUUGUGAUAUUGUCACAUAUCCGAAGGGCUGUCAGUGCGGCCAACGAACCAUCCUCUACUGCGGUCGCUAUGCGAAACUGCGUCGCUUUCCGCGUCUCAGCUCGGAGGUCACCAAUCUGAUCAUCAUCCGCAACAAUCUGACCCUGCGGGACAAUAUCUUUGCCAACUUGACGCGUCUGCAGAAGCUAACGCUCAAGUACAACAACAUAUCACGUGUGCCGCUGGGCAGCUUCAGUGGCCUCUUUCACCUGGAGCGCCUGGAGCUGAGCCACAACAAUGUCAGCCACCUGGCACACGGCGUCUUUGUGGGGCUGCACAGCCUCCAGUGGCUGUUCCUGGUGAACAACCACCUGCACCACCUGCCCAUGGAGCAGCUGCGCUUCUUCAGACGAUUGGAGUGGCUGGUGCUGAGCAGGAAUCGCCUCACUCUGCGAAAUGUGCAGCUGCCGAAAAUCCCGUCGCUCUACGAAGUCUAUUUGGAUUUCAAUCGAAUCGAAUACAUUGGCGAGGAAACUUUUUCCCAAUUGGAUAAUUUACAUUUGCUAGAUCUGCAGCACAACCUCAUCACACACAUCCAUGGACGAGCCUUUGCGAAUCUAGAGAAUAUGCGAGAUAUCCGCCUUGUCGGUAAUCCCAUUAAGGAGUUAUCUGGCGAAACAUUUUUGCACAACACUCGACUGGAGGCACUCUCGCUGGCCCUAAUGCCGAUCCACAUCAGCCGCAGUUUGAUGGAGCCGCUGAACAUCUCGUUCCUGAAUCUCACGGGGAUUCGGUAUGAUCACAUCGACUUCGAGGCCAUCAACUCAAUGCGCAACCUGACGUACAUCAUCUACGAUCGAUUCUUCUACUGCUCGAUGACGCCGCGAGUGAAAAUGUGCAAACCAUCCACCGAUGGAGUCAGCUCCUUUCAGGAUCUGCUGAGCAAACCAGUACUACGUUACUCCGCCUGGGUGAUGGCCACUCUGACAAUAGCCGGGAAUGUUUUGGUGCUGUGGGGACGCUUCAUCUACCGGGAUGAGAAUGUGGCUGUGACAAUGGUGAUUCGGAAUUUAGCUCUGGCUGAUAUGCUGAUGGGUUUCUAUCUGGUCACCAUCGGUGUGCAGGACUACCGCUACCGCAACGAGUAUUACAAGGUUGUGCUGGACUGGAUAACCUCGUGGCAGUGCACACUGAUUGGCACCCUGGCCGUCAGCUCCUCGGAGGUUUCGAUGCUCAUCCUGGCUUUCAUGUCGCUGGAGCGAUUUCUCUUGAUCGCCGAUCCCUUCCGCGGCCACCGCAGCAUUGGCAGUCGUGUGAUGUGGCUGGCUCUGAUCUGCAUUUGGAUAACGGGCGUGGGUUUGGCUGUGGCACCAGUGCUUCUGUGGCGGACCAGCACCCUACCCUACUACGGAUCCUACUCCGGAACCUGCUUUCCAUUGCACAUCCACGAGGCCUUUCCGAUGGGCUGGCUUUACUCGGCGUUUGUGUUCCUGGGCGUCAAUCUGCUGCUGCUGGUGAUGAUUGCGAUGCUCUACACGGCACUCCUCAUUUCGAUAUGGCAGACGCGGAGUGCCACUCCGCUCACUUUGUUGGAUUGCGAAUUCGCUGUGCGAUUCUUUUUCAUCGUGCUGACCGACUUUCUGUGCUGGGUGCCCAUUAUCGUUAUGAAGAUUUGGGUUUUCUUCAACUACAACAUCUCCGAUGACAUCUACGCCUGGUUGGUGGUCUUUGUGCUGCCACUGAACUCGGCGGUUAAUCCUCUCUUGUACACCUUCACCACGCCCAAGUAUCGAAAUCAAAUCUUCCUGCGGGGCUGGAAGAAGAUUACUUCUAGAAAGCGUGCGGAGGCGGGCAAUGGGAAUGUGGCCACCACCACGACAGGCACGGCAACAGGUUCCUCUCAGCAUCCGGAUGACUCCACGACCUUGGCCAAAGCCAUGCCAUUAGCCCUUACGCUGUCGAACUGAAGGAUUCUUGUGGCGG